GUAAACGUGGACACACUGCAUACAAGAGAACAAGAAAGCUAGGCACUGCAGCGAUUUACAUCCAAACCCCCAGUAGCGUUCCACAAACAAAUACUUGUCUGAAUUUGUUGAAAGAAGUGUGGUUUGGUUGGUUAUUCUGAGCAGACGGGUUUGCAAAAGAAAGAGCUGAAGACGUGCGAAGAUGAGGGUGGGUGAAGGAAGGUUCUGUGAGGAGUUCUCACCUGGGUAUUAUGGGGUUUGCGCCGUUGGAGGGAUGCUUAGUGCUGGGACCACCCAUCUUGCUAUUACACCUCUUGAUGUCUUGAAAGUCAAUAUGCAGGUGAAUCCAAUCAAGUAUAAUAGCAUUUUGUCAGGGUUCUCUACCCUUUGGAAAGAGCAGGGCCCGUCUUCUCUUUGGAGGGGUUGGUCUGGCAAGUUAUUUGGAUAUGGUGUUCAAGGAGGCUGCAAAUUUGGUCUUUACGAGUACUUUAAGAGGCUUUACUCCAAUGUCUUGGUGGAUCAAAACAGGACUUUAAUAUUCUUCCUCAGCAGUGCAUCUGCUCAAGUAUUUGCUGAUAUGGCACUCUGUCCUUUUGAAGCUGUUAAGGUUCGUGUCCAAACACAGCCCAAUUUUGCAAAGGGUUUGGCUGAUGGAUUUCCAAAACUUUAUAAGACGGAAGGGCCUGCAGGCUUCUAUAAGGGGCUUUUGCCACUCUGGGGGCGGAAUCUUCCAUUCUCUAUGGUAAUGUUCUCAACAUUUGAGCAUUCAGCGGACCUUAUAUAUCGAAAUGUCUUUCAAAGGAGGAAGGAAAAUUGUACUAGAGCUCAACAACUUGGCGUCACAUGCUUGGCAGGGUAUGCAGCUGGAGCAGUUGGUACCAUAAUCUCUAACCCUGCUGACGUUAUUGUUUCCUCUCUUUACAAUAACAAGGCUGAGAAUGCAUUACAGGCAGCCAAGAACAUCGGGUUUUCUAAUCUUUUUACUAGGAGUCUUCCUGUUCGGAUUACACUUGUUGGGCCACUUAUUACAAUGCAGUGGUUCUUCUAUGACACCAUCAAAGUGUUAAGUGGACUGCCUACUAGUGGAGGGUCCAUAAGACAUCUGGAUGAAACUGAUUCAUCAGCUUAUUAAGCUCUUGGGGACGAGGACUACCAGUUUCACCUGGCCUCCUGCGACUUCGGUACAUAAUAUUGAAUCAGCUUUUAUAUUUAUCUAGUACGAGGAUUUAGCGCUUGAAAAUAGGCAUAAUUUUCAAUGUGGUUACUCUGACGCAGGAUUAUCAAAGCCUGUUUUAUUGGACCAGGCCUUAUAAGCCAGUUAGUUAAUGCACUCAAUGCCUUGAUUGCUUCAAAUCAUGAUAAUACCAUGCAAAUAUCCUCUUCUUCUCACCUAAAUUGUAACUAUUAAAAAAUAAUAAUAAUAAAGCUUGUUUUACUGU